CAAAAAAUAAAAUUUUAAAAAAUAAUAUAUAGUUAUACACAUGUAACAAUAUGAGUGGAGAUUAUUUGUCUUUUUUUCAAUCAAGCAUGUAGCUUGGUUGGGCUACAUUUACAACAAAAUAUAUUACUCAUAAUACAAUAAUCAAUUCCUAAAAAAAAAGGUACAUUAAUCAAUUACUCUUUUUUUUUUUUUAUUAAAACAAUAAUCAAUUACUAAUUACUCUAAUUAUUCCCUUUAAUUUCCAAAUUUCAAUUCCUAAAAAUCGAAAAAAAUAACAUUAAUCUACAUACCAAACCCAGUUGCCAAUUUUAUUUCAAAAAAACCAUAAUAAUAAUAAUAAAAAAUUAUAUGAAACCUCCUCAUUUGUUGUUGAUACACAUAACGUCCCCAUACAAGUCACAUAACAAUAUUACAUUACAUUACAUUACACCAACGCCACCACCUUCCCUCCCUUAAAAUAUAAAAACUCCCACACUCAGUCUUCCUUCUCUCUCUUCUUUCUCUCUCCUCCAUUCUCAACACUCAAACAAACCGCCAUUAAAAUUCCUCCCUAUUUUCUCUCUCCUCUCCCACCCUCUCCCUUUCACACAACCACACACUCCUUCUUCCACCUUCUUCAACCUUCAUUCUUCAUCUUCUGCAAAUUCUACAACUGAUUGAAUUAUUACAUACUGAUGAUUUCUGCGUUUAUUCUAGGGUUUUCAAAUCAAUUUUAGUGAUUUUUGAUGCGAUAUUUAGUGAUUAUUUACGCCUCAAAAUUCGUCUCUCAUUAAUCAAGAUGAUUCGAGCUAUUCUAUCUAAGACGUGAUCUGUAUUACUUGAUUUACAUCGAUCUAAGUAAGAUCUGUAUUAAUUUAUAGGUUUCUAAGACGUCUCAACGUCUCUCUUAAUUGUUGUGAAUGCUUCGAAAGUUUUUGAUACUGGAUAAUUCAUCAUGAUUCGUGCUAUCUUAUCUAAGACGUGACCGCAUUUUCCUCCGAUUUUUUUUGGUACAAAAAGCUGGUUUGAUCAAUUUACCAAAUUGAGAAACAGUGAUUUUCUCUCUCCUCUCCCGUGAGUUUGAAAAAGGAAAGAGAAGAAAAAGAUGCCGCACAGAGCGACUUACUUUUUCCCACGGCAAUUCCCUGAUACUCGGGGUACUUUCCCACCACAAACACCCGUCGCACCAACUACAACAGCUGCAACUACUCCAACAGAUCUUCGUCACGAGAACCAGCAACAAUCGCAAGUAAAGAACAACGAAUUCGAGGUUGUUAACAAAAGCAGCAGCUCUUCGUUCACUGAAAGUGAUGCGAAAGAGCUGCUAGUGAAGAAGUUCACGGGUAACAGUUACGCCAACAACUUUAACACAUUUGAUAAUAUCACUCGUUCUACUAGUGGGACGAAUACGAGCAAUAAGUUGGCCGCCUUUUAUAACUGGAUUGCAGCUGACAAUCACAAGAAGAAUAAGAAGAACAAGAAUAAAGGUGGUGGUGGUGAUGUUGUGAGUUCGAAGUUGGCGUAUGAUGAGCAGGAGCUGUUAUUGCCUCCGGAGUCGGAGACGGUGGUUCCAGGGGAGAAGAGUUGUGGGUUGUACCGGGAUUCGUCGUUGGCACGGCUUUCGAGCUGUGGGAGUAGCUAUGGAGCUGGGAGUUUUUUCUCGAGUGAGAUUCACGAGACUACUCGGUCUACGAUUCGAAGCUCGAUAACGGAGGUCGUGGGCGUGGAGGUGGCGGAGGAGGUGGAGGAGAGAGACAAGAAGGAGCAGAGUUUAGCGGAUAAAGCAAGGGAGAGUUAUUAUUUGCAGCUUACCUUGACGAAGAGGCUUGCUUCUCAUGCAAAUCUUGGGAAUGAACCCACUAUGUUUUUGUUUGAGGGAGGGGUGGAGGGCCAUGGGUCGAGUUCGGAUGUUGCAACCCUGUCUUAUCGGUUAUGGGUUAGUGGGUGCUUGUCAUAUAACGAUAAGAUAACAGAUGGCUUUUACAAUAUAUUGGGGAUGAAUCCUCAGGUCUGGGUGAUGUGCAAUGAUGUUGAGGAUGCUAAAGGGGUUCCAUCGUUGGCGUCGCUGAAAGCUAUUUCACCCCAUGAUACAUCAAUGGAGGUAGUUAUGGUUGAUAAACAUGGUGAUUCUAGACUCAGGGAGCUGCAGGAUAGAGCACAAGAACUAUCCAGCACUUCACAAAAUGCAUUGGUAUUAGUGGAGCAGCUCGGAAAACUUGUCUCCAUUCACAUGGGGGGUAAUUUUUCGGUGGAACAAGGUGAUCUCCACAUGCGCUGGAAAGUGGUUAGUAAGAGACUGAAGGAGCUUCACAAGUGCAUAGUACUGCCCAUUGGUAGUCUCUCUUCAGGGCUUUGUAGGCACCGUGCAAUUCUUUUUAAGAAAUUAGCGGAUUAUGUAGGAUUGCCAUGCAGGAUUGCUCAAGGUUGUAGGUAUUGUGCUGCAGAUCACCGGUCAUCUUGCCUUGUUAUAAUUGAAGAUGACAGGCAGCUACCAAGGGAAUAUGUAGUUGAUUUGAUUUGUGAGCCGGGAAAUGUCCGCAGUCCAGAUUCAUCAGUCAAUGGAGGUCUGCUUACAUCACUGUCUUCACCAUUUCAGAUUUCUCGUCUCAAAGAAUUUCAGCAGAAUUUUGUAUACAAUCCCUCUUGUAGCCAAAAACCCAUGCCAAAACACACAUGUGCUUCGUCUGGUCUUCUAAAUCCUGGCAAUGGAGGAGGUUGGCACAAUGAGGAAAGUGAAUUGCUCAAAGAAGGGAAUAGAAAUGUAUAUAAUCCUCUCGAUGAAAGCUGUAGAGGGAUGAAAUCAUCUGUGGUGCCUUUGGUGCUAGAAAAGGCUGAGAAUCCAGUCAUUCAGAGAUCUGAUAUGCUUGCCAUCGAAACAGUUUCAAAAGUUUUGGCCAGCCCUGUAGCAGUAUCAAGCCUUAGUGUUGAAGAAUAUAUACAACAAAAUUACAAGACAGACAUGAUUGUGCAGCAACCUAGAGUUGACAAUGUUCAGCCUGUAGUGCAGGAGGUUGAUGGUCAACAAUGCAUGUUAUCUGCUUCAGCUAUCAGAUUUUUGGACCUUGAACCUUCUCUUGCAAUGGAUUGGAUGGAGAUAUCUUGGGAUGACUUACAUCUCAAAGAGCGUGUUGGUGCUGGUUCUUUUGGGACUGUGCAUCGUGCUGAAUGGCAUGGAUCGGAUGUCGCAGUGAAGGUUUUAACUGUCCAAGAUUUUCAAGAUGAUCAAUUGAAGGAGUUCCUCCGUGAGGUUGCAAUAAUGAAACGUGUCCGUCACCCCAAUGUGGUUCUCUUUAUGGGUGCUGUAACCAAGCGUCCUCACCUAUCCAUAGUGACAGAAUAUCUGCCGAGAGGUAGCCUCUACCGGCUUUUGCACAGACCAGCUUCUGGUGAAGUCUUGGAUCAAAGGAGGAGAUUACGGAUGGCAUUGGAUGUGGCCAAGGGGAUUAAUUAUCUGCAUUGUCUUAGCCCUCCUGUGGUGCAUUGGGAUUUAAAAUCUCCCAACUUGCUGGUUGACAAGAAUUGGACAGUGAAAGUAUGUGAUUUUGGUUUGUCCAGAUUCAAAGCGCACACAUUCAUUUCUUCAAAGUCUGUUGCUGGAACGCCUGAGUGGAUGGCCCCUGAGUUUCUCCGUGGAGAACCUUCCAACGAGAAAUCAGAUGUUUACAGUUUUGGAGUCAUCUUAUGGGAGCUGGUGACAAUGCAACAACCAUGGAAUGGACUUAGCCCAGCUCAGGUGGUCGGAGCUGUUGCUUUUCAGAAUAGGAGGCUCACUAUCCCAGCAAAUACCUCUCCUUUGUUGGCUUCACUCAUGGAAGCAUGCUGGGCAGAUGAUCCAAGUCAGCGACCAUCUUUCAAGAAAAUAGUUGAAACGUUAAAGAAGCUUCUGAAAUCUCCUACACAGCUCAUACAAAUGGCUGGACCUGGACCAUAAUUAAAAAGCAUCGGGAAUAAAUGAAAAUGGCUCGAAAUUCACUUAAGCUAAAGAUUUUCUGUGAUUUGGCAACCAAAAUAAUCUCCACUAAAGCUUGGGGUUUUUACCUUCUUUUCUUGUUUUUUUGUUUGAAAGGUGUUGCUUGUCCAACCCUUGUCCAUAGGCAAAACAAUCCUUGAAAGUGUAAAUGCCGGAGAAUUGUGAUUGAUGCAUUACUUUGUACUUUGUAGUGUCUACAUAGAUGAUAACUUUGAGAAGAUGAUAGUUUUAUUCAUGGAUACCCGAUUUUUAUGGGUGACCAACUAGCAACUCUGUUUUCAUUUGAUUGCAAUGCUGUAUUUUGAGACUAUUUAAGAUUGCUUUGCAAGAACGAUUUGAAUUUUUCUGUAGUAAGAGUAAUUUGUAAGUUGUUUAGUAUUCCGUAUUACAUAUUCCCUUUUUGAU